CGGGGCUGUGCGACCCACUUCCGCGUGCGCGUGUGGGUGCCGGAUAGGGCGGCUGCAGCUGGUGCUUGGAGGAUGGCUUCGCUACCGCUGCAGCUGGUGGUGCUCGGCGCGGUGCUCGGCGUGGCGCUGGCGGCCGCAGCCCUGAUACUGAUUUCCUUUGUUGCAUUUGUAACUGCUACAGAAAUGCCACCUCUUCAUCGACAUGAAGAAGAGAAGUUCUUCUUAAAUGCCAGAGGACAGAAGGAAACUCUACCCACCAUAAGGGACUCACCUACUAAACAGCUUUCUAUUGUUGUGCCUUCAUACAAUGAAGAAAAGCGGUUGCCUAUAAUGAUGGAUGAAGCUCUGGGCUAUCUAGAAGAGAGACAGAAACAAGAUCCUACUUUUACUUAUGAGGUGAUAGUAGUAGAUGAUGGCAGCAAAGACCAGACUUCGAAGGUAGCUUUUAAAUAUUGCCAGAAAUAUGGAAGUGACAAAAUACGAGUGAUAACACUGGUGAAGAAUCGUGGGAAAGGUGGAGCUAUUAAAAUGGGUAUAUUCAGUUCUCGAGGAGAAAAGAUCCUUAUGGCAGAUGCUGAUGGAGCCACAAAGUUUCCAGAUGUUGAGAAAUUAGAAAAGGGACUUAAUGAUCUACAGCCUUGGCCUGAUCAAAUGGCUAUUGCAUGUGGAUCUCGAGCUCAUUUGCAAACAGAAUCAAUUGCUCAGCGUUCUUACUUCCGUACUCUGCUCAUGUAUGGAUUCCACUUCCUGGUGUGGUUCCUUUGUGUCAAAGGAAUCAGGGACACACAGUGUGGGUUCAAAUUAUUAACUCGAGAAGCAGCUUUACGGACGUUUUCAUCUCUACACAUUGAACGAUGGGCAUUUGAUGUAGAACUGCUUUACAUAGCACAGUUCUUUAAAAUUCCAAUAGCAGAAAUUGCUGUCAAUUGGACUGAAAUUGAAGGUUCUAAAUUAGUUCCAUUUUGGAGCUGGCUACAAAUGGGCAAGGACCUACUUUUUAUACGACUCCGAUAUUUGACUGGUGCCUGGAGGCUUGAACGAACCAGGAAAAUGAAUUAGGUUAUUUGCUAUUUUUUAUUGUAUUAUGUAUUAUUGUAACAUUAUUUCAUUUGAAUUAAAAUUUUAAAUAAAGCUGAGAUAAGCCUAUGCCAUUGUCUGCCUUUUGAUAAUUUUCAAGAAUUCACUGCCAGAAGUAAAAAUUUUUAUACAUCUUU